AUGUCUGAAGAGCAGAAACAGCUCGUCACUUUUACCAGGUCCCCGGGCCUCCUCAACCUUGUUGGCGCUUCCAUUCUCGUCGACCCAGUUGACUUUGUUGGCAUCCAGCAUGCAGGUCGGGACUUGGCCGAUGACUUUAGUCGAGUAACGCGGGCCAAUGCGAGUCCAUUUCAUCUGCUGGACGAGGCCGGGGCGAACCCGCUAGACAUUGUAGAGACUGCAAUCAUUAUUGGUUGUAUUGAGUCUUGUUGGAUCUUGAAAAAACUCGCGAAUGAAGGAAGAAUCGACACAAGUGCGAUAAAAGGGAAAUGGGAGUCUUUCUUGACUACCGUCGUGGAAAAUCCGAUCGCAGGAUGCUCCAAAGCCUUGAUCAUCGCGGGAAGUGACAAGCGAGCUGCGAUCUUUGGCGCGUAUACUUUAUCGCGUCAAAUUGGCGUAUCUCCGUGGUACUGGUGGGCCGAUGUUCCAGCUCAACACCACCCAGAGAUUUACGCGCUCCCUACCCAGACAACUCAUGGCGAGCCCAGCGUUCAAUACCGGGGUAUCUUCAUUAAUGACGAGGCACCAGCAUUGACAGGCUGGGUACUUGAGAAAUUCGGGUCUUACAACAGCGACUUCUACAAGAAAGUCUACGAAUUGCUUCUUCGCUUAAAAGCCAAUUUCAUGUGGCCGGCAAUGUGGCCUGGAUAUCCCAAUCCCGGGGCCAUCUUCUUCAUGACUGACCCGGAGAAUCAACGCAUUGCCGAUGAAUACGGUAUAUGUGUGUCAACCUCCCAUCAUGAACCAAUGCAGCGCGCUACAACUGAGUGGUUUGAAGAGAAUCCCCGCGCAGAUGGAACCUGGGAUUGGACCAAGAGCCGAGAAGAAAUUAUUGAAUUCUUCCGUAAGGGCGUGCAACGGGCCAAGGGGCUGGAAUCAUAUUUCACGAUGGGCAUACGAGGUGAAUACGACAAGGGGAUGACGACUGAUGACCCUGGCGCUGUAAUCCGGGAUGUUCUCUUGCAGCAGCGCGCUCUUUUCAAAGAGGUAUAUGGGCGAGAGGACGCCGUUCCUCAGGUCCUUGCGCUUUAUAAAGAGAUCCAGGAUCUAUACCAAGCGGGCGAAUUCACUGUCUCAGAUGAUGUGACGCUUUUGUUCGCUGACGAUAACUUUGGCUCUCUUCGACGAUUACCAUCUGCAUCUGAAAUGGCUCGUCCAGGCGGAGCGGGAAUAUACUACCACUUUGAAUAUGUGGGGCAUCCUCGAAGCUACAAAUGGAUCAAUUCAAACUCGUUGGGGAAAACAUACCACCAGCUCCGAGAAGCACAUCGUCGAAACGCUCGCAAAAUAUGGGUAUUCAAUGUGGGCGACAUCAAGCCCAUCGAGAUUCCCCUUACUUUUGCCAUGGAAAUGGCAUGGGACAUCGACUCCAUCCAAGAGACCACAAUUCCACAGUUUCUAGCCGAUAUCUCGACUGAAUACUUCGGCACAAACCUGAGUCCAGAAAUCGUUACCAUCUGGCACGAAUACGAUCGUCUCGUGCGUCUUCGCAAGCACGAACACAUAGACCCAGAUACCUUCUCCCUCCUAAACUACAACGAAGCCGAUUCCAUCGUAGCCCGAUGGAAGAAUCUCUCCUCUGCCUCCGAAACCAUCUACGCCCAAGCCAGCUCAGACCAAAAAGCCGCAAUCUGGGAACUCGUCGUCCACCCCGUAAAAGCCAGUUCCAUCUUCACACAGCUGCGCGUAACCCAAGCCCGAAACCAGCUCCACGCCCGCCAAAGACGCAACACGGCAAACAAGCUCCUCCGACAAGUCCUAGAUCUCUUCGACGCGGACUUCAAGCUCUCGCAGGAGUUCCACUCGCUUUUGGACGGCAAAUGGAAUCACAUCAUGUGUCAGGCUCAUCUCGGGUAUGGCGAUACGUGGCAUGCGCCGUCGCGGGAUGCCAUCUUCGGCUUGGCAUAUGUGCAGCGGCACCAGGAUAGCAAUUUGAUCGUGGGGCAGAUGGGUGUGGCGGUUGAGGGUCAUGAGGGGGUUCGGGCCGGUCGCAUCAAUGAGGAAAGCGAGCGCACGCAUCCUAGUCGGAGGGAUCUGGUGCCUGGCUUGACGUUGGGAUCUAUGAGUCGGUAUGGACCUGCGCGCCGAUGGUUUGAUAUCUUUACUCGUGGAACGCAGAGCAUUCGUUGGACGGUGUCUGUGCCUUAUUCGUGGAUUUCUCUUUCGUCUGCGGAGGGGGUAUUGGAUCCUGAUGGCGAUGAUGCGCGAAUCUGGAUCUCUAUUGAUUGGGAUGAAGUCGAGCCGGGGUUUGAAGAAGAGGUUCUGAUUUCCGUCAAAUCGAUGCAAGGCGAUUUUGAAAAUGUUCAUCUGCCUGUUUGCGGAUAUAGGGUCCCGGGAUCUUUCAAUGGCUUCGUGGAGGCAGACGGGUGUGUGUCUAUUCCUGCUGUUGGCGGUAUCAAAGUGCCAUAUAGCCACCAUCCUGAUCUGGGUCGAGGAGACGAAGGAUCAGUUACCAUUGACAGCUCCGCGUUAAGCACGGGGUCUAGAGUGCCAUUCUUGGAGUAUCCUAUUUAUGUGUUCGCGCUCUGUGAGAUGCCGACUGUUACACUCUACUUCAACAUGACACUGGACUUGGACCCAGACCACAAAAUGUCGUACGACAUUGAAAUCGAUGAUCAGCCUUCUACAUCUCAUAUUCUAGUUGUUGAAUCUACCGGCGAAACCAAACUUCCUGCAGAGGGCUGGUUGGAUGCUGUUAUGGAUUGUGUCUGGAAGAAGAGUCACUGCCUUGAGUCUUUGGGUGCUGGGGCUCAUACAGUUCGAGUCAGAUUAAAUCACCCGAACAUUCUCCUCGAGAAGAUAGUUCUAGAUCUCGGAGGGGUCAAGGAAAGCUACCUCGGACCGCCUUCAAGUUUUCAUGUGACCAAGACAUAG